CUAAUGCCCCUUCGGAUGCGGCCCUGUGCUCUCUGGGAUAACGGAACGAGCGAUUCACACGUGUAAAGCUAGGAAAAGAAUAUAUGCAUCUUCCGGUUAAUGUCGAAGCCCCCAUGGCUCACCGCCUGGGCACGAUAUUUUGCAAAAGGUUCGCGGCACUGAGCGCGCCCAAUUGUAGGAGGACGAGACUGUGCUGCAAAAUGUCUGCCGAGUCAUCGCCGUUGAUUCACUCAAUCACAUUGCCGAAGCAAGUAGCUGAGCCCGUCAAGAUUGUCGCGGCUCCUGGAAUCUCCCCUUCCGAGUUCUGGAGUGCUAUUGAUUCCUCUUUAUUCAAGCAGUGGUUACAUAAUCUGCAAACUGAGAAUGGGGUCUUAGCCUUUGGUAACGUGGUUCUAAGACAAGUUCUCAUUCAGGGGGUGGAUAUGUUUGGAAAGAGAAUUGGGUUUCUCAAAUUCAAAGCUGACAUUGUUGACAAAGAAACUGGCCAAAAGGUUCCAGGUAUCGUAUUUGCACGGGGACCAGCUGUGGCAGUGUUGAUACUUUUGGAAUCAGAAGGCGAGACAUAUGCUGUUCUUACUGAGCAGGUAAGGGUCCCUACUGGAAGGAUCUUAUUGGAACUGCCUGCUGGAAUGUUGGAUGAUGACAAGGGCGAUUUUGUUGGCACUGCAGUUCGUGAGGUUGAAGAAGAGACUGGCAUACACUUGGAUGUAGAAGACAUGAUUGACCUCACUGCCUUCCUGGAACCAUCUACUGGAUGCAGAGUUAUUCCUUCUCCGGGAGGCUGUGACGAAGAAAUCAGUCUAUUUCUGUUCAGAGGCUCUGUUAAUAAGGAGACUAUCACACAGCUACAGGGUAAAGAAACAGGCCUUCGUGAACACGGGGAGCUGAUAAAGGUUCGGGUUGUACCAUACGAGAAACUUUGGCGCUCAACUGCUGAUUCCAAGGUUUUAAUGGCUGUUUGUUUAUUUGAAAUGGCUACAAAAGAAGGACUAUUGCCUCCAUUGGCAACAUAGUUUGCUGGCCGGCUUUCCUUAUUGGUGGUGGAGAAUCCUUUUCUGGCCACCAUUGAGGACAGGGAACUAGCGCAGGUCAUUUAUCUCAGAUUCUGCAUGUGUUUUCCUGUAAAAUGAUGUGGUGUACCUUUAAGCUUAGCCUAGCAACGCCAAUAACAACGAUUGUUAAGGUUAAUAGAUGUGACAUUUUUUUUCGGAAGAUAUCAUUUCUUCUUUUGGUCACA